AUGGCAUCUCCAAGGAAGAUAACUGAGAAGCGGCAUAACCCAGUGGAAAGCAUUUGUAGAAAGAUCAGAGCCAUCCACAAGAGAGAAGCAACUUCAAAUCCAGUUCAGCAGAUUAUCAAAUACCAGUCUAGCAGUUUUGAUAGCCCACAGACCAACACCAAGAAAGAUUUUGAAGAGGUACUGAGGAAAAUGACUGCUGCUUGUGUUCCUACGCCUGACUCUCAUUGGUCAAGUUCUGAGGAAGUGGAUGCCUUCAUUUCAUCACCUCAAAUAAUAUCCCCAAGAACCCCAUCCAUCUCUCACCUCAGCUCCCCUGAGACUGCAACAUACUCUGUUAUUCUCACAAGUUCUGAAAACGUCUUAAAGCUGAAGUCACAGAGCAACAAGAAUUAUACAUCUUUGAUGUCACAGAUCAGAAAAGCAGAGUUUUUCUCUAACAAGGAUUUGAAUAACUAUUGUAGUGAAAAUAAUUUUAGUACCUUAACACCUGACUUUGAUUCCACCUUUGGUCAAAGUUUGAAGUGUUUUCGUCCUCAGGAUUCAGUGGUAAAAAAAUUAUCUCUGAAUGGACAUGGAUGGAAACAAGAAGCUGAUGAUGGUAAAGAAGAUGUAACAUACAGCAUCAACAGGGCCUGUGAAGAAGAGGCACUCACCAAUAUUUUUAAUGCAUGUGACAUAAAACGGAAAGAACUGAUCUGCUCUUCUUUCUCCAAAGGCUCAGUAGGAGUGGCCAAAAUAAUUGAUUUCCUGAGACAGACAACUAGCCAAAAUUCUGAAGACAGUGGCCUUCAGCAGUUGUGGAACAUGCUUGAUCCUGAGAAGAGAGACCCACAUGUGGACCUGGAAACUUUCCAGGCCAUGAUGAAAGAAUGGAUGGCUUACUGUGGAAAAAAAUGGGAAGGAGUGAAUCAUAGAUUAAGCAGCAUCAUUGAUGAUUCUGUUUUUGAACAGGAUGGCAUAAAAUCAGAUGGAACAAUGAAGAUGAGCACAGAUACAACAGAUUCUACGUCGGGGAGCUUCGAGGCUUUGGGAGGAGACACAUCUAAAGGAGUCUUAGAGGUGUCUGAUUUGAUUGCCUACGUAGCAGACCUUCAUUUCAACAAACAAAAACUUGAAGAAGAAAAUAAUAAGUUUAAGUUGGCUUUAGAAAACCUGGAAGAAACUAACAGCCAGUUAUCAGAGGACUGUACCGAAUUGCGCCUUCAGGUAAAAAGUGCCCACCAAGCUAUUAUGAGAACAAAUCUGUUAAAAGAGGAACUGGAGGAACUGAAACUUAGUAUGAAUGCUUCAGAAGAGCAGAAGAGCAUGAUUGUAGCCCAGAGCAAACAAUUAAAUAUCAAGAACAUCAUGGAUAUAGACAGACUGGAAAAGAAGAUUGAAGACUUGUCUAAAACUGAGACAGAGCACCAAAAUUUACGAGGGGAUAAAAAUAAACUGGCUCAUGAGUUACAGCACUUGCAACAGGAACUCAUCACGUAA